AUGAAUGUUACUAAAACAAAUAAUAGGGGUAAAUAUUUUCUUUCAUUCUAUUAUCUCGGCUUUUUUUUUCACUCUACAUUGAUUUUUGCUACGCUAUCUUCCUUCCUUCCUUCCCCCCCCCCUACCUUCCUUCCUUCCUUCCCCUCCUUCCUUCCUUCCUCCUCCCCCUUCCUUCCUUCCUUCCUUCCUUCCUUCCUUCCUUCCUUCCUUCCUUCCUUCCUUCCUGUUUUUUUCUUCCACCAAUGCAUUUCUUUUCGUUUCGUUUUUUUCUCUCUCUCUUUCUUUCUUUCUUUCUUUCUUUCUAUUUUUUCUUUUUUUUUUCUACGUGAACAUUAUUUUUCUUUUUUCCUAUUUCCUAUUUUCUCCCAUCUGCAUAUUAUUUUUCGUUUCGUUUCGUUUCGUUUCGUUUCGUUUCUUUCUUUCUUUCUUUCUUUCUUUCUUUCUUUCUUUCUUUCUUUCUUUCUUUCUUUCUUUCUUUCUUUGUUCUGUUUCCAUUUCUUUCUUUCUAUUUUCUAUUUUGUUUACCGUGUAUAUUCUUUUUCGUUUUCUUUCUUUCUUUCUUUCUUUUUUUCUAUUUUCUAUUUUUCUUCAACGUGUGCAUUCUUUUUCGUUUCCUUUCUUUUUUCCUUUCAUUCUUUUUCUUUUGUCUCCAUUUCUUCCUUUUUUUUCUUCCUUUGUAGUUUUUAUUUUCCUUCAACGUGUACAUAUUUUUCGUUCUCUUUAUUUUUAUUUUUAUCUGGGGGGGGGAGAGUAGCAUUUUCUCUUUUUCUCUCAACUGUGCCUUAUUUUUUACUUUCAUUUUCUCUCUAUCUCACUUGA